CGCGCGAGACCGCAGAGGGAGCAGGAGCUAGUGGCGCGCGCGGCGGCCGCAACGGACGCAAGAUGGCGGCGGCGACCAUAGCCCUCGUCAGUGGGCAGCCAGGAGGGGCGUCUGAGCCGGUGGCAGUGGCGGCCGCGGCGGCAGUCAAGUGGAAGCCUCCACAGGGCGCAGACGCCAUCAAGAUGGAGAACGGGCAGAGCACGGCCGCGAAGCUGGGGCUGCCCCCCCUGACGCCCGAACAGCAGGAGGCCCUCCAGAAGGCCAAGAAGUACGCCAUGGAGCAAAGCAUCAAGAGCGUGCUGGUGAAGCAGACCAUCGCCCACCAACAGCAACAGCUCACCAACCUGCAGAUGGCAGCAGUGACAAUGGGCUUUGGAGAUCCUCUCUCGCCUUUGCAAUCGAUGGCGGCUCAGCGGCAGCGGGCUCUGGCUAUCAUGUGUCGGGUCUACGUGGGCUCCAUCUACUACGAGCUGGGGGAGGACACUAUCCGGCAGGCCUUUGCCCCCUUUGGUCCCAUCAAGAGCAUAGACAUGUCCUGGGACUCGGUCACCAUGAAGCACAAGGGCUUUGCCUUCGUGGAGUAUGAGGUCCCAGAAGCUGCACAGCUGGCCUUGGAGCAGAUGAACUCGGUGAUGCUGGGAGGCAGGAACAUCAAGGUGGGCAGGCCCAGCAACAUCGGGCAGGCCCAGCCCAUCAUCGACCAGCUGGCUGAGGAGGCAAGAGCCUUCAACCGCAUCUACGUGGCCUCCGUGCACCAGGAUCUCUCAGACGAUGACAUCAAGAGCGUGUUUGAGGCCUUUGGCAAGAUCAAGUCUUGCACACUGGCCCGAGACCCCACGACCGGCAAGCACAAGGGCUAUGGCUUCAUUGAGUACGAGAAGGCCCAGUCGUCCCAGGAUGCUGUGUCUUCCAUGAACCUCUUUGACCUGGGUGGCCAGUACUUGCGGGUGGGCAAGGCCGUCACCCCCCCCAUGCCCCUGCUCACACCUGCCACACCUGGAGGCCUCCCACCUGCUGCUGCUGUGGCCGCAGCUGCAGCCACAGCCAAGAUCACCGCCCAGGAAGCAGUGGCUGGAGCAGCGGUGCUGGGCACCCUGGCCACGCCAGGCCUGGUGUCACCUGCCCUGACCCUGGCCCAGCCUCUGGGCGCUCUGCCCCAGGCCGUCAUGGCUGCCCAGGCCCCUGGUGUCAUUACAGGUGUGACCCCGGCCCGCCCUCCCAUUCCAGUCACCAUCCCCUCUGUGGGGGUGGUGAACCCUAUCCUUGCCAGCCCUCCCACGCUGGGCCUGCUGGAGCCCAAAAAGGAGAAGGAGGAAGAGGAGCUGUUUCCAGAGUCAGAGCGGCCCGAGAUGCUGAGUGAACAGGAACACAUGAGCAUCUCGGGCAGCAGCGCCCGCCACAUGGUCAUGCAGAAGCUCCUCCGCAAGCAGGAGUCCACGGUGAUGGUUCUGCGCAACAUGGUGGACCCGAAGGACAUUGACGAUGAUCUGGAGGGGGAGGUCACCGAGGAGUGCGGCAAGUUCGGGGCUGUCAACCGCGUCAUCAUCUACCAGGAGAAGCAGGGCGAGGAGGAGGACGCCGAGAUCAUAGUUAAGAUCUUCGUGGAGUUCUCCAUGGCUUCUGAGACUCACAAAGCCAUCCAGGCCCUCAACGGGCGCUGGUUUGCCGGCCGCAAGGUGGUGGCUGAGGUGUAUGACCAGGAACGCUUUGACAACAGUGACCUCUCGGCGUGACCUCAGCCCCUCCCCGGACUUACUCCCUGUCCCCUCUGCGUUUUUAUAGAAUGGUCUGGCCCGGCCCAUAGUGUGCAUAAAGGUGCAGAUGCUGCCGGCCCCGGCGUCCGUGUGUGACCUCAGUCUUGUGACC